UGAGAGGUCGCGAGUUCUGCGCACGGACCCCGCACAGGAAGACGCACGCGCAAAAUCGGAUUCCCUUCCCCCCCCCCCCAUUUGUUUUGUUGGCUGUUUUUGCACCUUUUGUAAAAGUGUUCUGCAUUAGUUUCAGAUUUUUUUUUUUGGAGAACCCGAUGUCUUCAUUUCUUGACUCACCCUGAGGUUCCACCUGAAGCGAGAGGAACACACAGGACGUUGCUUGGGAAGCGUCUUGGAUCUGAAAUGGGCAGCAGACUGCUGUGGCUGUCCCUUUUACUCUCGGUGUCCUUUUCCGCCGGGCAAGACCCGGGCACCGGGGCCACGGAGGAGGACAUCCCGGAGGGGGCUUCCACCCUGGCCUUCGUCUUCGAUGUGACGGGCUCCAUGUACGACGACCUGGUCCAGGUCAUCGAGGGCGCGUCAAAGAUUUUGGAGACUUCUCUCAGUCGACCAAAGAAAACUUUGUAUAACUUUGCCCUGGUACCCUUCCACGACCCAGAGAUUGGACCCGUAACGAUCACAACAGACCCAGAGAAGUUCCAGUAUGAGCUGAGGGAGCUGUACGUUCAGGGAGGCGGGGACUGUCCGGAGAUGAGCAUUGGCGCCAUUAAGAUCGCCUUGGAGAUCUCUUUGCCGGGAUCCUUCAUUUACGUUUUCACGGAUGCUCGGUCCAAAGAUUACAAGCUGACUAAUGAAGUUCUGCAGCUCAUUCAGCAGAAACAGUCACAGGUGGUGUUUGUGCUGACAGGAGACUGUGAUGACAGGACUCACAUUGGCUACAAGGUUUACGAGGAGAUCGCCUCCACCAGCUCUGGGCAGGUUUUCCAUCUAGACAAGAAACAGGUCAACGAGGUUCUGAAAUGGGUGGAGGACGCCGUGCAGUCAUCCAAGGUCCACCUGCUGUCCACUGAUCACAUCAGUGGGGCAAGCAACACCUGGCCGAUGCCCUUUGACCCUAGUCUCAAGGAAGUCACUGUGGCCCUGAGCGGCCCAGCACCUAACAUUGAGAUAAGAGAUCCCCAGGGAAAGCUCAUGGGGACGAGCGACGGCCUGACUGAGCUCCUGCACAUUCCCAACUCUGCAAAAGUUGUCAACAUCAAGGACCCUCGGUCUGGCAUGUGGUCUAUCAAGACCUCUAGUGAAGGAAGACACUCAGUCCGUGUAUCAGGUCUCAGCACCAUUGACUUCCGAGCCGGGUUUUCCAGAAGACCCACCCUGGACUUUAAAAAGACCUCCAGCAGGCCGGUACAAGGUAUUCCCACACACAUCCUUCUGAACACCACUGGGCUCUCGCCUCCUGCUGUGGCUGACAGGGUGGAGCUCCUGACAAUCACGGGUGAAGUGAUCAAAACUUUGCCAAUCCGUUACUACCCCGGCCGCGAGCCCUUCGGCCUCUGGAACAUCACAGAGUUCAUUCCACCCACCGAGGCCUUCUUCCUGCGAGUGGCGGGAUACGACCGGGACGGCUUCCUGUUCCACAGAGUCUCCAGUGUUUCCUUCUCAAGCAUUGUACCUGAUGCCCCGAAGGUGGUGAUGCCAGCCACGAGUCAUGGUUACUACCUACAGAAAGGAGCGGUGCCCUGCCAGGUGGAGAGCCUGAUCCCCUUCACUUUACGCUUCAGCAGGGACGGAAGACGACUUGGGGUGGAUCAGCUCUUCAGUGAGUCCAACAAUGCAUCCUGGUCGAUUGCCCAGGUGACUCUAAAGGAUGAGGGCUACUACGAGUGCAUUGCCAUCAGCCGCGCUGGGACAGGAAGAGCUCGUACCUUCCUUGAUGUGUCAGAGCCGCCACCAGCCAUCACAGCCGAGGGGAAUGUGACCGCGUCUCCCGGCUCUCGCGCCGUCCUCACCUGCCACGUCGUCAGCACGGUCAGCUUCAACCUCACCUGGCUGCGGGGGGGUCACGAUGCCCGCCUGGACCCUCAGGUGCGCGUCUUGGCCAACCUCUCGCUACAGGUGCCCGCUGUGACCCCGGAUCACUCGGGCUGGUAUGAAUGCGUGGCCGUCAGCGAAGGAGGGGCGCAGGCAGAGCGGAUCUACCUCACUGUGCAAGAGGUGCCCAGAGUUUUAGUAGAGCCCCAGAAUCAAACCUUUACAGCAGGAGAGGAAAUGAGGAUCAGAUGCUCUGCCAGCGGCUACCCUCCGCCCCGCCUGGCCUGGACCCACAAUGACAAGUUCAUCGUGGCAUCCAGCAGACACAGGAUGACUCCUGACGGCACUCUAGUAGUAAGAAACAUGGAGAAAAAGUACGGAGGAGUGUAUGGCUGCCUGGCCAGCAACUCGGCCGGAACCGAUACCAUGAACUCCAUCCUAACUUACAUUGAAUCCCCUGUGGUGAGAGUCGCUUCGAGUGAUCUUCUCAUCGGCAUUGGAGAAACCACCGCGAUGGCCUGUUCUGCGUCAGGAAUCCCACAGCCUGAGAUCUGGUGGUACAAAGGUGGUGUCCAGCUGCGAUCAUCAUCCUACUUGGACGUGGACGCGUUAGGAGGCUCUUUGACAAUUAAGGAGACCCGGGAUGUCGAUGCCGGAGAUUACACCUGCGUAGCUGUCAAUGCUGCUGGCUCCUCUUCAGGAAAGAUCUCCCUUGAUGUUGGAGGGGCACCCAAGUUCACCCGAGAGCCAUCUGACGUGGCUUCUGACAUUGGCUCCGAUGUGACCUUGCUCUGCCUCGUCAAAGGUCACCCUGAACCACAGGUCACCUGGAAGAGAGAGGAUGGACUUCAAGUUUUCAACAGGCCCCGUUCAUAUGGAUCUAUUACACAGAGCAGGGAGGGACUCCAUAUAACCAAUCUCUGGGUGGAAGAUGAAGCGGUCUAUGUCUGUGAAGCUCACAAUCACUUUGGCACAGUCCGGGCCCGGGCAACAAUCACUGUGACUGGACUGGUUUCUCCUGUAAUUGCGAUGAGUCCGUCUGCACUGGGUGUCAUGGAGGGCCAGCAGGUGACUUUGCCCUGUGUGCUAUUGGCUGGGAAUCCGCUGCCUGAGAGGCAGUGGCUACACAACUACGGCUUGGUGACUUCAGACCAUCAUGUGACCGUGCGGAGGGACGGCAGUCUGCACAUGGAGCGGGUCCGGCUCGAUGAUGCGGGCGACUACACCUGUUUGGCUGAAAACGUCAUUGGGGCCACCAAUCAUACCACAACCGUCAACGUCUAUGUGAUUCCUACCAUUCAGUAUGGUCCUCAAGUAUUCAGCACAAUUGAGGGCACGGCCAUCAGUCUACCCUGCCAUGCCAGUGGAGUACCACCCCCUGACAUUACCUGGACCAAGGGUGGGGAGCUGAUGAACUUGGGUGGUCCUGGCUUCUCCCUGGAGUCUGACGGCAGCCUCCUCAUCACCUCCCCCUCUGGAAACGAGACUGGAGAGUUCAUCUGCACAGCUACUAAUGCUGCCGGCUACGCUUCCAGGAAGGUCCAGCUCAUUGUCUAUGUACGUCCUAGAUCCAAUGUUGGAGGCGCCGGAGGCUCAGCUGACCCGAUGACAAUGUCAGUAAUCGAGGGCGAGGAGGCCAUUUUGCCAUGCGAGGUCCACAGUGUCCCGCCUCCCACCAUAAGCUGGGCCAAGGAGAGACAGCUCAUCUCCCCUUUCUCUCCGAGGCACACUCAGCUCACCUCCGGCUCUAUGAAAAUCUUGGAGACCAGAGUUUCAGACAGUGGCCUUUAUGUGUGUGUUGCCUUGAAUAUUGCCGGCAACUUAACACAAUCUAUUGAGCUAAGUGUUUUGGUGCCCCCCAGUAUCCAGGCGGGGCCGAGGGUAAUGAAGGUUCAAGUGGGUCACUCUGUGGAGCUACCAUGUGUGGUGAGAGGGUUUCCCGAGCCUGCCCUCACCUGGGCAAAGGAUGGUAAGAGGUACCCGGUAUCAUCUGAUGGCAGCCUGGCACUAAGAGCAGUGGCGCUAGCUGAUGAAGGGACCUACACGUGCACAGCCACCAGCACUGCAGGCAGAGACGAGGCUCAAGUGCAACUUCUCGUACAAGUGCCCCCUGUGGUUGAGGUGUUGGAGCCGCCCUUCAACAGUCCUCUGCAGGAGAGAGUUGCAAACCAGCGUAUCGCAUUCCCCUGCCCUGCUACAGGUCUUCCCAAGCCGGUGAUUCGUUGGUUGCGUAAUGGUCAAGAACUGACGGGUAAUGAGCCCGGUGUGUCUAUCCUGGAGGACGGUACACUGCUGAUUCUGGCCGCUGUGUCGCCUCUGGAUAAUGGAGAGUACCUCUGUGCUGCAAUCAAUGAUGCUGGAUCCACCGAGCGGAAGUACCAGCUCAAAGUCAAUGUUCCCCCAGUUUUACGUGACGAGGAAACCCCUGGCAACGUGACAUUGGUGCUGAGUCAGUCUACCAGCUUGGUGUGUAAUGUCAUAGGAAGUCCGACCCCUGUCAUCAGCUGGUACAAGGAUGGGGCUCUGCUGGUUGCUAGCAACAGCAUCCAGAUUCUUGACAUGGGAAAAACCCUCAGACUACUGAAGGCAGCCACUACAGACGCUGGAAGCUACAGCUGUAAAGGGAUCAACAUUGCUGGCAGCGCAGAAAAGAACUUCUUCCUGGACGUGCUGGUGCCACCAACCAUUUUAGGGUCGGGGUCUUCUCAAGAUGUUGUGGCCAUUGUUAAACAGGAGGUCAGUUUGGAAUGCAAUGUGCAAGGAGUGCCCUUUCCCAUCAUCCAGUGGUACAAGGACAGGAAACUGGUGUUUCUCGGUGACCCCAACCUAAAGGUUUUAAACAGGGGUCAGGUUCUGAAGAUAACAAGUGCUCGACUUGGGGACAAGGCCCGCUAUCAGUGCAGUGUCAUCAAUUCAGCCGGGAAGCAGUCGAAGGAUUUCAACCUCAGUGUCUUCGUGCCCCCCUCCAUCAAAGGUGGUAACACAACCUCACAGCUCACUGCCCUGCUGGACACGUUGGUCACACUAGAGUGCGAGGCACGCGGCAUGCCGCUUCCCACCAUCACGUGGUACCGAAACGGUGGGGCCAUCCUGUCUAACCGGCAACAUCAGUAUGUGGAGCGAGGCCACUACCUCAGGAUCCCUCGGGCGCAGGCGUCAGACGCUGGCCAGUACAACUGCAAGGUGACCAGUGAGGCCGGGAGCGCAGAGAAGACCUAUGAACUGGAAGUCUACUUACCUCCAACCAUUGCAGGUGGUGAUGAUGGGCCAACUGAGAAGAAAGUGGUCCUCAGCAGGCCUCUGAUUCUGGAGUGUGAGGCUGAGGGACACCCUCCCCCCUCCCUCACAUGGCUGAAGGAUGGAGUUCCGGUGCGAGAUGGUGAAAGUGUCCGUCUUCUCGAGCGGGGGAGUAAAAUAGAAAUCAUCUCAGCCACGGUGUCAGACUCGGGACGAUACGUCUGCGUAGCCACGAGCAUUGCUGGAGAGAAGGAGGUCAAAUACGACAUCAACGUUUUGGUUCCCCCUUUCAUUGAGGGAGCUGAUGACGUGACAGACAGCACAGUGAUAGUCGACAGCCCUUUGGAGCUAGAGUGUCACGCCAGUGGAACACCCGCUCCCCAAAUCACGUGGUAUAAAGAUGGGAAACCCGUCACACAGGGAGAGGGGUUGCGGGUAGCAGCCAGCGGUCGGCAGCUGGUCGUUUCCCGCGCUCAGGUUUCUGACGCGGCUCGUUUUCAGUGUGUGGCCACUAAUGAAGCCGGAGACCACGUGAGGGACUUCCGUGUGGUCGUCCAUGUUCCCCCGUCCAUUCGUGCCACCGGGCCUGCAGAGCGUUCAGUGGUUCUCCACAAGCUUAUCAGUCUGGAGUGCAUCUCCAGCGGGAUUCCUCCUCCCAGCAUUACUUGGCUUAAAGAUGGCCGACCAGUUGACACAACACAGGGGCACCUUAAGUUGGAGUCAGCGGGAAAAAUGCUAAAGGUCACAGAGGCAAGACAAGAGGAUUCUGGGAAAUACACCUGCCUGGCCACCAAUGCAGCUGGGGAAGCCCAACAGCACAUACGGCUCAGUGUCCAUGAGCCGCCCAGUAUCCCCCACUCUGGAGAGAUCAUGAACCAGACCAUCCUGUCAGGCUUUCCCACUGAACUUGAGUGCAAGGCCACAGGCCGACCAUCACCUGCUAUCACUUGGUACAAAGAUGGCCGACCUCUGACAAGUGCAGCUGGCCUGACGAUGCUGAAGCGUGGACAGGUGCUGGAGAUUGAACGAGCUCAACUAUCUGAUGCUGGCGUGUACAGAUGUCUGGCCGUCAACCUGGCUGGAGUUGCUGAGAUAUCCCACAACCUACAGGUGUAUGUGCCUCCAGUCAUCUCCAGCCGAGGUGGUACAGUCACCGUUGUGGUCAAUGAAGCUGCCAGGCUAGAGUGUGAGGCCGCCGGCGUUCCUCCGCCCAGCCUCACUUGGCUCAAAGAUGGCAGCCCUGUGGCAAGCGUGUCGCAUGGCAUACAGGUGUUGUUUGCUGGCAGAGUGCUGUCUUUAGCCAGCGCACUGGUUAGCGACACAGGCAGGUACACCUGCGUGGCUGUCAACGCCGGAGGAGAGCAGCAUCGAGAGUACGACCUAAGAGUGUAUGUGCCACCAAACAUUAAAGGAGAGGAGGCGAAUGUCACGGUGAUGCUCGGACGUCCAGUGGAGCUGCACUGCCAGAGCGAUGCAAUCCCUCCCCCUACCCUCUCUUGGCGUAAAGAUGGCCGCCCGCUCUUUAGGAAGCCCGGUCUGACCGUCUCAGCAGAUGGGAGCGUGCUCAAGGUCUAUAGAGCACAGGUGCAGGAUUCAGGCAGGUAUUCCUGUGAAGCCACGAAUGUUGCAGGCAAAACAGAGAAGAACUAUAACCUCAAUGUCUGGGUUUCUCCCAGUAUCCGCGGCUCAGAGGAGGUGUUUCCAUUGACUGUGGUUGAAGGAGGUCUCAUCACUCUGGUGUGUGAGUCCAGUGGCAUACCACCUCCGAGCCUCAUCUGGAGAAAGGACGGUUCUGAGCUCAAACCAAACCAACGUCUUCGGGUUUUGUCGGGAGGGCGCCAGCUGCAGAUUUCCAGCGCAGAGAGGACUGAUACAGCCUCGUACACCUGCACCGCCUCCAGCUCUGCCGGCACCACCUCCAAGGAGUACAGCCUGCAAGUUCACGUGCGUCCUUCCAUCAGUCGCAGCGAGGGCAACGCCGAUGACGUCACUGUGACAAAAGGAGGUGACGUGACACUACAAUGUGCUGCAGAGGGGGUGCCACGACCAGCCAUCACAUGGUUGAAAGAUGGACGGCCUAUCACAGGCCAGCAGAGUGCCAUCAUCCACAACGAGGGGAGGCUGCUGCAGAUCAAAGGCGCUAAGGUGUCAGACACGGGACGCUACACCUGUAUCGCUGUUAACGUGGCCGGACAGGCUGACCGGAAGCACGACAUCAACGUUCAUGUCCCACCGAGUAUAAUUGGUCAGGUACAGUUGCCAGAAAAUGUGAGUGUUGUGUUGAAGAACCCAGUUGCUCUGAGCUGCGAGGCUUCUGGCAUCCCACUUCCUGCCAUCACGUGGCUGAAGGAUGGUCGGCCAAUCAAAGCUACCAGCGCAGUGCGCGUCCUAUCAGGGGGGCGAAGCCUGCGGCUAAUGCACGCUGCUGCAGAGGAUGCUGGGAGGUACACGUGUAUUGUGUCUAACAGCGCUGGAGAAGAAAGGAAGAACUUUGACCUCGAUGUCCUAGUUUCACCAAGCAUAGUGGAUGAGGGAACUGUGGUCGACACUAAAGUCAUGGAGAAAGACAACGUAACCCUCACAUGUGAGGCGUCAGGUAACCCUUCACCAGAGAUUAAAUGGCUGAAGGACGGACAGCUGUUGGUGCCUGACAGACGUCACCAAGUCUCGUCUUACGGCCGCUUCCUCCAAAUCUCUGGAGCCCAAGUUGCAGACACUGGCAGGUACAGCUGCCAUGCAUCUAACAGUGCAGGGCAUCGCAACCGCCACUUCAACCUUAAUGUCCUGGUUUCUCCCUCCAUUACUGGUUCAGGUCCUGACGGUUCUGCAGAGGAGGUGACAGUAACUCAAAGCAACCCCACCUCUCUGGUUUGUGAAGUCCAAUCCUACCCUCCUGCUCUCAUCACCUGGCUAAAGGACGGCACUCCCUUUGAGUCCAAUCAUCACGUCCGAGUCCUUCCAGGUGGGCGAACCCUGCAGAUUCUCAAUGCUAAAGAAGAGGAUGCAGGGAGAUAUACCUGUGUGGCAUCUAAUGAGGCUGGAGAGACAGUGAAGCACUAUGAGGUUAAGGUGUAUGUACCCCCUCAGAUCAAUAAGAAUGAUAUCCCAGGGGAAGGACUGGCCCCCAAAGAGGUCAAGAUCAAGGUCAACAGUACACUGACCCUGGAGUGUGCAGCUCAGGCUUUUCCUACCCCAGCCCUGCAGUGGUACAAGGAUGAACAGAUCCUGCAUUCUGAUGACCAUGUGUCCAUAACAGCCAACGGCCGUAUUGCUCAGAUCAAGCAUGCUCAGGUGUCAGACACUGGCCGCUACACCUGCAUUGCCACUAAUAUAGCUGGAGAGGAUGAGAAGGACUUUGAUGUAAAUAUACAAGUUCCACCUAAUUUCAACCGGCCUGGUGCAGUUGGUGACACAACAUCCUCCGCGGGCUUUGGAGGGGAUGUUCGAGAUGUGAUACUGAACAAUCCCAUCUCUCUGUAUUGUGAGACCAACGCUGUCCCCCCUCCGACACUCACCUGGUAUAAAGAUGGAAAACUGUUGACCUCCAAUGAAAAAGUUCUAAUAUUGCCAGGUGGGAGAGUGUUACAGAUUCCUAGGUCCCAGGCUGAAGACUCAGGGAAAUAUACCUGUGUGGCUGUCAAUGAAGCAGGAGAAGACUCCCUUCAGUAUGAUGUGAGAGUAUUAUUGCCCCCGACCAUAAGGGGAGCAAACAGUGAGUUGCAUGAUGAGGUCACAGUCCUGGUCAACAAAACGACCCAACUGGAGUGCCACGUGGAUGGAAACCCCGCCCCCAAGAUCACCUGGUUUAAGGACAGCCAGCCUGUAAGCAGUGAUGGGCCACAUAGGAUCCUGUCCAAUGGGCGAACACUUCAGGUGUCGACUGCUCAGAUAUCUGACACUGGGCGCUAUGUGUGUGAGGCUCACAAUGUGGCUGGAAGCGCAGAGAAAUCCUUUAACCUCAAUGUUCACGUGCCUCCCACCAUCAUGGGUGUGAGUCCUGACAGUGUGACUGUGGUGGUGAACAACUUUGUGUCUCUCUCGUGUGAAGCUACUGGUUUCCCCCCUCCCACCUUGAGCUGGCUAAAUGACAGGGGCUCCAUUCAGGCCAACUCCAAUGCACUCAUAAUGCCAGGUGGUCGUACGCUACAGAUUCUGAAAGCAAAAGUAUCUGAUGGAGGAAAGUACAGCUGCGUGGCCAUCAACGCAGCCGGAGAGGCUUACAAAAACAUCCACCUCACUGUUUUUGUUCCUCCGAGUAUCCGGGACAGAAGCGGGGACUCCCCGGUGGUGUUGAAUGUGCUCGUUGGUGAACCGGUAACUCUGAAGUGCGAGUCCAACGCUGUACCUCCUCCCACCGUCACCUGGUACAAGAACGGAAGGAUGGUGACGGAAUCGGCCAACCUGCGCAUCCUGGUGGAACGACAGGUGCUUGAGAUCAGAGCCUCAGAGGUGUCUGAUACUGGACAAUAUGUUUGCAAGGCCACAAAUGUUGCAGGACAAGUCGACAAGAACUUUCACUUGAAUAUUCAUGUAUCUCCCAGUAUCGACGGGCCAGCCGAAGAGAGUGUUGUGGAAACCAUCAGUAACCCAAUCACCUUUGCCUGUGAUGCUGCUGGAAUCCCUCCUCCAAGCCUCACAUGGUUAAAGGAUGGCCGACCCAUAGAGUACUCGGAGUCGCUGGAGAUGCACAUCUUCUCAGGAGGAAGCAAGCUGCAGAUUGCGCGGUCACAGCUUUCUGACAGCGGCACAUACACAUGUUUGGCUUCCAACCUGGAGGGCAAGGCACACAAGAGCUACCGCCUCACCAUACAAGUCCCUCCCAGUAUCUCUCGAUCAGACAAGCCCGGGGAAAUGGCCGUUGUGCUAAAUGAAAGCAUCCAGCUGGACUGUCGAGCCCUGGGGACUCCAACUCCAACCAUCCAGUGGUUGAAAGAUGGGGACGUCCUCAACAGCACGAGGGACGAGGGGCUCAGAAUCAGUCCAGAUGGCAGUACACUCACUGUGACUGGAGCUCGCAUCACUGAUAGUGGCAAGUUCACCUGUGUGGCCACAAACACUGCAGGACAGGAAGACAGGAUAUUCAAUCUGAAUGUGUAUGUGCCUCCCGUGAUAGACGGCAACAGCGAGACAGUUGCCCACUUGACCACCGUUUUGGACAGUUCUGUCAACAUUGAGUGUGUUGCUACUGGGUCUCCACCACCCCAGCUCAACUGGCUGAGAAAUGGCCUGCCUCUGCCAGUGUCCUCCCACAUACGGCUUCUUUCUGCUGGACAGGUGCUCCGGAUUUCACGAAGUCAGGUGUCCGACAGUGGCACCUACACCUGCAUUGCGUCAAACAGAGCAGGGGUGGACAACCGACAAUUUAACCUGCAGGUGCACGUGCCUCCUGGCCUGGAUGGAGCAGGCAGCACAGAGGAUGUGACUGUAGUCAAAGGAAACUCGGCCUCUCUGCUGUGUGUCGCUGAUGGGACCCCGACCCCGUCUUUGUCGUGGUUUAAAGACGGGCUAACUCUAAUCCCUGACCCCCACCUACACUUUCUAAAUUUGAAUACCUCUCUGCAAAUCAUCCUGGCCCAGGUCAACGAUACGGGGCGCUACACGUGUGUGGCUAACAAUAGCGCCGGCCAAGCUAGUCGCCACUUCGGCUUGAAAGUUCUGGACCCUCCCCACAUCAAGGGGUCCGGUGCUCCAGCAGAAGUAACGGUUGUGGUUAAUAAUGUGCUGGAGCUUGAGUGUGAGGUAUCCGGUAUCCCAACGCCCUUUCUGACCUGGCUGAAAGAUGGACGCCCGCUCCCACAGACGGACAGUGUGAGCCUUCUGCGGGGGGGGGAAGUGCUCCAUGUGGCCUCAGCCCAGUUGGAGAACGCAGGCAGAUACAGCUGCCUGGCCAACAGCCCGGCAGGAGACGAUGACAAGGAGUUCCUCGUGCGAGUGCAUGUUCCCCCUAACAUUGCUGGGGAGAGCACACCUCAGGAUGUGUCAGUGCUCCGGAACAGACAGGUGACUCUGGAGUGCAAGUCAGAUGCUAUUCCGCCUCCAACUCUGACCUGGCUCAAAGACGGCCAGCAGUUGCAGGCCUCUUCCCGUGUGCGUAUUCUAUCUGGGGGCCGCUACUUGCAGAUCAACGUGGCCGAGCUCAGCGACAGAGCUAACUAUACCUGUGUGGCCAGCAACAUUGCUGGCACGACCACGCGACAGUUUAACCUGGCUGUAAAUGUGGCCCCAAUUAUCGAGGAAGGCUCCCCAACAGUGUCAGUGCACAUAAACCAGCCAGUAGUGCUCGAGUGCAUCGUAAGUGGCGUACCACCGCCACGCGUCACAUGGAGGAAACAUGGUGCCAUAUUGGCGGGAAACAUCCCCGGGUACACAUUCGCAGAGGACGGGUCAUUACGCAUCCACUCUGCUCAGGUGACGGACACCGGACGUUACCUGUGUAUGGCAACAAACCAGGCCGGCACACAACGCAAGAGGGUGGAUCUGCAAGUGUAUGUCCCUCCUUUCAUCGCUGACAGCCGCACCGAUGUGACGGUUACGGUCAACGUACAGACCACCCUGUCCUGCGAGGCCACCGGCAUCCCCAAACCCACCGUCAGCUGGAUGAAAAACGGGCGAGCCAUCAACACAGACCAGAACCAGAAUUUGUACAGAUUACUAUCAUCAGGCUCCCUAAUAGUUAUAGCGCCAACAGUGGAGGACACAGCAGUGUAUGAAUGUGUGGUCUCUAAUGAUGCAGGGGAAGACUCCAGAUCCAUCAACCUCACUGUCCACGUUCCUCCGUCUAUAGCAGAUGAACCAGCUGAGCUCGUUGUAACCAGGCUGUCCCCAGUGGUCAUCGCAUGCACUGCAUCUGGUGUCCCAGUGCCCACAAUACACUGGACUAAAGAUGGCAUGACGCUUAACAAAGAGGGACAGGGCUACAGCAUCCUGCCCACAGGCCCAGUAGACAUCCCUUCAGCUCAGCUCAGUCAUGCAGGACACUACUCCUGCACGGCCAAGAAUGCUGCAGGCUCCACCCACCGCCACGUGCAGCUCACAGUGCAGGAACUCCCAGUGAUCCAGUCCCAUCCCUCCACCCUGGAUGUGAUCCUCAAUAACCCCAUCGCUCUACCCUGCAGGGCCACAGGCUCGCCAAGGCCCACCAUCACCUGGCAGAAGGAGGGCAUCAACAUACCCACAACAGGUGGACAUUUCGGAGUGCUGCCGAAUGGAGGUCUUCAGAUCAAUAAGGCCUCUGUGUCGGACUCUGGGACAUAUAUAUGCGUGGCUCAGAACCCUGCGGGGACUGCGCUGGCCAAGACCAAACUCAGAGUACAAGUCCCUCCAGCAAUCAGCUCAGUGACUCAAAAGUAUCUGGCCCCCGUGGACUCCUCUGUGACGCUACACUGCCAGUCUGACGGCUCCCCCCCCCCCACGGUCUCGUGGCAUAAAGACGGGCAGCCAGUGAGUGAAUCUAUUCGCCAGAGGGUCCUCAACUCAGGAUCACUGCAGAUCGCCUUCGUCCGACCAAGCGAUACUGGCCGAUACACUUGCAUCGCUGCCAACGCAGCGGGCACAGUCAGCCACGAGAUGAGCCUCACUGUGCAGAUCCCACCUUCCAUUCGAGCUGGUGAGCAGCAGGUAGCGGUGGUGGAAAACGCUCAGGCUCAGCUGGUGUGUUUGGCAGAGGGCGUCCCUCAGCCCAGCCUGGCCUGGGAGAAGGAUGGUAAACCUCUGAGUGAAAGCACGGGGGAGUACACAAUCCUGCCCUCUGGAGAGCUGGUAAUAGACAUGGCUCAGCCCGACGAUGUCGGCAGUUACACCUGUGUUGCCACAAAUGCAGUUGGACAGGACAGUCGGACGACAACCCUGUCCGUACACACUCACCCCGUCUUCACCGAGCUGCUGGUGGACGUGGCUCUCAACAAGGGAGAGCGCCUCCUGCUGGCUUGUGGCGUUAAUGGCGUCCCUCCACCCAGAAUCACGUGGGCCUUCAACAACAACAUCAUUCCAGUACACUACGACCACAUGCUCGGCCACAGUGAGCUGGUGAUAGACCGAGUGACCAAAGACGACUCUGGCUCCUACAGCUGUGUGGCAGAAAACAGUGUCGGAACCAUCAAGUCACUGGGCUUCGUCUAUGUCAAAGAGCCUCCAAUCAUUGAUGGGGACCUUCACUCCAACCGUAUUGAACCUUUGGGGGGUAAUUCCGUCCUUAACUGUGAGGUUCGGGGAGAUCCUCCGCCCACCAUCCGGUGGAGCAAAAGUGGAAUAAACAUCCAGAUCAGCAACCGCAUUCGUCAGCUGGACAACGGGUCUCUGGCCAUCUAUGGCACUGUGAGUGAAGAUGCAGGCAACUAUGUGUGUGUGGCAACAAAUGAUGCUGGAGUGGUGGAAACAAGCGUUACACUUACCUUGCAGAGGGCGCCAAUCAUUGUGGUGGAGCCCGUGGAGACGGUGGUGGACGCUGGCACCACAGCGGUGCUCAACUGUCAGGCGGAGGGGGAGCCUCUCCCCGAGAUAGAGUGGUCCCACCAGGGCAGACUCCUGCUAAGCGACGGCCGCUUCUCCACUUUGUCCAACAGUUCCCUGAGGAUCAGCAGUGCCCAGAAGGAGGACACAGCUGAAUAUGAGUGUGUGGCCAGAAACUUGCUGGGAUCGGUGCUGGUCAGGGGCUCUCUCACUGUGCGAGUCCAUGGGGGCUACUCAGAGUGGUCAGAGUGGGGUCCUUGCAGCGUUUCCUGUGGUUUCGGUUCCCAAAAAAGGCUGAGACAGUGUAACAAUCCUCUACCUGCCAAUGGGGGGCAUCACUGUGCAGAAUUGGACACUGAAACGCAUAGUUGUCAGGGAAAGCCCUGUCCAGUCGAUGGUAGCUGGUCUGAGUGGUCUCGCUGGGAGGAAUGUUCUCGUACCUGUGGUCAGGGCAACAGAACCCGGGUACGGACCUGCAGUAACCCUCCAGCUCAGCAUGGAGGCAAACCCUGUGAGGGAAGGCCAGUGGAGGUCCUUAUGUGCAGUGUCCGACCUUGUCCUGUGGCGGGUAACUGGGGCUCUUGGCUACCAUGGAGCCCAUGCAGUGAGACCUGUGGUAAGGGUGUGCAGUCCCGCCUCCGGCUGUGCAACAGCCCUCCUCCAGCAUUCGAUGGUCCGCAGUGUGAGAGCACAGACACCCAAACACAAGUGUGCAAAGAGAGACCUUGUGCUGUGGAUGGGAAGUGGUCGUCCUGGGUUAGCUGGGGAGCCUGCAGUGUUUCAUGCGGAGGCGGGACAAGACAGAAGACUCGUCUCUGCGCCAGCCCUGCCCCUCAGCAUGGGGGGAGGGCGUGCGAAGGCAACGAUGUGACUAUUGACUUCUGUAAUAGUGACCUCUGCCCAGUCAGUGGUAACUGGGGCGCAUGGAGCAGCUGGGGCAGCUGCAGCAGGACGUGUAAUGGGGGUCAGAUGAGGCGUUACAGGACAUGUGACAACCCCAGACCUGCCAAUGGCGGAAGGGCAUGUGCAGGUGCAGAUACACAGAUACAGAGAUGCGGCACAGCCAACUGUCCUGUUAAUGGUAACUGGGGCUUAUGGCAGCAGUGGGGAGAAUGCUCCGCUUCCUGUGGCGGUGGAGAGAGGACACGUGUACGUCUCUGUAAUAGUCCGUCUCCCGACAACGCGGGUCGCCCGUGUGCAGGAGACUCCUCUCAGCUGUCCAGGUGUAACAGUCACUCCUGCCCAGGUGGAGCCCAGAAGGCCCGAGGGAGCAUCAUAGGAAAUAUCAACGACAUUGAGUUUGGCAUAGCCAUCCUUAAUGCCACCAUUUCAGACAGCAAGUCUGGGGGCAGAAUCAUCAAGGCUACUAUCACUAAUGUACCAAGGACAUUAGGUCCCGCAAUGCGAAAGCUCAUCUCAAUCCUGAACCCCAUCUACUGGACCACUGCACAGGAGGUCGGGGAGGCGGUCAACGGCAACACGCUUACGGGAAGCGUCUUCCGACGAGAGACGCAAGUGGAGUUUGCCACAGGUGAGAUCCUGAGGAUGACUCACAUUGCAAGAGGCCUGGACUCAGAUGGAGCGUUGUUGCUGGACAUUGUGGUCAAUGGGUACAUCCUGCAGCUGCCCUCACAUGCUGACAUACGCAUCAAGGACUACUCUGAGGAUUACAUACAGACGGGCCCGGGCCAGCUGUACGCUAUGUCCACCCGCAUGUUCAGCAUCGACAGAGAGAGUGUGCCCUACUCCUGGAACCACACCAUCUCCUACGACCUAUCCAAGGGCAAGAUGCCCUACCUCGUAGAGACGCUGCAUGCCACGGCCAUCAGUGCUCAGUACUUCCCCCUGGAGGAGAUGUUGGAGUACAGCAUCCAAGCCAGCAUCACCAAAGGAGAUCGCAGUAACCAGUGUCCUCAGGGGUUUACUCUGGUGUCGGCAGGGCCCUACUGUGCAGAUGAGAACGAGUGUGAGAUGAGGAACCCCUGUUCCCACGCCUGCCACAACGCCAUGGGAACCUACUACUGCUCUUGUCCCCGAGGCCUCACCAUCUCAGCCGACGGCAGGACAUGUCAGGAUAUUGACGAGUGUUCGCUGGGUGGGGACGUGUGCCAUGACGGACAGGACUGUGAGAACACUAUUGGCUCCUACCGAUGCAUCGUGCGCUGCGGCCGCGGCUUCAGGAGAACAGCUGACGGUCUCAGCUGCUCGGAUGUGAAUGAGUGCCAGGAGUCCAAUCCGUGCAAUCAACACUGCCUGAACACUAUUGGCAGCUACCGAUGCGCCUGCGAGCCAGGCUUUCAAAUCAGGAACCGACGCUGUAUAGAUAUAAACGAGUGCAGACAAAGGGUUUGUCGAUCAGAUCAGCAGUGUAAAAACACACGGGGUGGUUACACCUGUAUUGACCUGUGCCCCACUGGUAUGACUAAAGGUGCCAAUGGAACAUGUGAAGACAUGGAUGAGUGCAGAGAUGGAACCCAUCAGUGCCGAUACAAUCAGAUCUGUGAGAACACCAGAGGCAGCUAUCACUGCACCUGUCCACGUGGCCACAGAUCUCAGGGAGUGGGACGGCCCUGCAUCGACAUAAAUGAGUGUGAGCGGCUUCAACAGCCCUGUGCCCACCGCUGCAUCAACACGCCAGGCAGCUUCAAGUGCACGUGCCCGCCGGGACGCCACCUGCUGGGGGAUGGCAAAUCAUGUGCUGGUCUGGAGCGUCUGCCCAGCUAUGAAAGUCACUCCUUUGGCUACCGAGCGUCCGAACCCUCUCCUGAGCGCAGCUCAUACCAGCGACUGUACCACAACUUGGCCUCUCAGAGCUACCACAGCUACACAGUCACCUCCAGGAGGCACAACAGGAGCCGGAGCCGCAGAGAAGCUCCCGCGCAGCAGGGCGUCCUCGCUUGUCAGCGGGGGUUUGAGUCCGGGGGGGGCUCCUGCUUAGACAUCAAUGAGUGUGAGGUGAGGGAUACCUGUCAGCACGAGUGUAUCAACACACCAGGAAGCUACAGGUGUCUUUGUCCUGCUGGUUACCGUCUCAUGACCAACGGCAAGACGUGUCAGGAUGUAGACGAAUGCCUGGAGCAGAACAUCCAGUGUGGAGUCAACCAGAUGUGCUUUAACAUGAGAGGAAGUUACGAAUGUAUAGAUACGCCCUGUCCACCGAGCUACAGGAGGGAUCCAACCACCGGGUUUUGCCUAAAGAACUGCCCCCCGAACGACCUGGAGUGUCCCCUCAGCCCUUACGCCCUGGAGUACAAGCUGCUGUCGCUCCCCUUCGGCAUCGCGGCCAACCAGGACCUCAUCAGACUGGUGGCCUACACGCAGGACGGGGUGAUGCACCCCAGGACCACGUUCCUCGCGGUGGACGAGGACGUCGCGCUGCCGUUCGCCCUGCGGGACGAGAACAUGAAGGGCGUGCUGUUCACCACCCGGGCGCUGCGAGAGCCCCACACGUACCGCAUGAAGGUCCGCGCCCUCUCGUACAGCGAGGCCGGAGGCAUCGAGUACCAGACCACCUUCAUCGUCUACAUCGCGGUCUCUGCCUACCCGUACUGAGACCACUUCACGUGACAUCACACAACGUCGGUAAACAAACUGAAUGGACUGUGUUCAUUGUGAGAGGCCACUGUGCUCACAGCCCUGAAGACAUAAGGAAGUAGAUUUAAAGUGGGUAGUACAGGCCAAUGGAGGUCGACUGGCUCCAAUCCCUGGAUUUCUCACAUCAAUUUGACAGGACCUGUUCAGUGAAACGCUUGGUAUUUUGUCAUAUUCCCCCGACCCAUCAGAUUUAUUCAUGAGAUCAAAAAGAUUUAGCUCGUCAAAAACAAAGUGUCCACCGCAAGCUCAAAAGUAGCUCUAAGUAAAAUCUUAGCUAGCCUCUAAUUUACAUCUAUUAUUAACUUAUUGGGAUGCGCUUGAAGGAGGAAAUGAGCAGUUCCCCUUUUGUUUACUCAGUGACCAAAGUGUAGCUGCUCCGAUUCUCUUCAAUUAUUACCGAUAGCAUCGAUAGUUAUAGCAAUAUACAACAGUUGAUGCCGAGAUGUAUUUUAUUUUCAUGACGUGUACAUAUGUUUUUUCUCAUAAUGUAUUUCCAUAUUGUCCGUAUUGUAUCACUUUUUGUAAUAAAAAUGAAAUAAAUGAAUAUUCACUGAAAAGUA